UGCCACAGCAGCACUGCUCACGCUCACAGCUCACUCGUUCUCGCUUUCGAGUCCGAACUGAAGGGGACAGUUCUGUUUACAGUUCUCUUCUUCCUAGCUCAAAGAAUCGACUUCUUCAAAUCACUAGUAAAAAAACUGCUGACAAAUGUAAUCGUCAAUGCUCGUCAAUUGAGUAAUCCAGCGAGAGAGAUCUAUAGUGUGAUUUGUUCUUUUUUUGUUAAAUUUUCUCUAUUAGUCUGCAAAUUCAAUGGAAUACAGGAAACUUAAGGACGACGAUACAGACAACGACGGCACAACAGCCGACGACAUUGAAACCUCAAGAAUCAAUUCACAUCCAGUUUCCGUUAGUAAUGUGGCCGCCUCGAACGACCGAUCCAAGUGGAAACGCAAGGGUGUUGUUACGCUUGCAUUGACUGUUCUUACGAGUUCACAAGCUAUACUUAUUGUUUGGUCUAAGAGAGCUGGAAAAUACGAGUACAGUGUUACUACUGCAAAUUUUUUGGUGGAGACUUUGAAAUGUUUGCUGUCACUUGCAGCCUUAGCUAAAACCUGGAAUACUGAAGGUGUUACAGAAGAUAACAGGUUGAGUACUACUUUAGAUGAAGUUAUUGUGUAUCCCAUUCCUGCAGCACUUUACCUUGUGAAGAAUUUGCUUCAGUAUUAUAUUUUUGCCUAUGUGGAUGCUCCUGGUUAUCAAAUACUCAAGAACCUUAACAUUAUUAGCACUGGUGUUUUGUAUCAAAUGAUACUUAAGAGAAAGUUAAGUGAGAUUCAAUGGGCAGCUUUCAUUUUAUUAUGUGCUGGAUGCACCACAGCACAGUUGAACCCUUCUUCCGAUCAUGUUCUUCAAACACCUUAUCAGGGUUGGAUGAUGGCCAUUGUAAUGGCAUUUCUAAGUGGUUUCGCUGGAGUUUACACUGAGGCUAUAAUGAAAAAACGACUCUCAAGAAACAUUAAUGUACAAAACUUUUGGUUGUAUGUCUUUGGGAUGAUCUUCAAUGCUGUUGCCAUUGUAAUUCAAGAUUUUGAUGCAGUCAUGAACAAGGGAUUCUUCCAUGGAUACUCGUUGAUUACAGUUCUCAUGAUUCUUAAUCAUGCACUUAGUGGCAUUGCUGUAUCUCUGGUAAUGAAGUUUGCGGACAACAUCGUCAAGGUCUAUGCUACUUCCGUAGCAAUGCUCCUUACAGCAGUUGUCUCUGUGUUCUUAUUUAACUUUCAUCUAUCACUUGCUUUCUUCCUUGGCUCAACUGUUGUUUCUGUCUCAGUAUAUCUGCACUCCAUAGGGAAGCUAACAAGACAACAAUAACAAUAUUUUUUGUACGAUCUCUGCCAAAUCCCAUGUAAAGGUUCCUACUAAAUUUUCACUAUUUUUUCGUUACACAGAAAUGUUGUGUCAUGUAGUUACAGAAAUUAGAAGCAAUCACUCAUGUAAUUGUGUGGCUACGUGCAAUUCAAAAAUAUUUAUAUUUUGUAAA